AUGGCGCACUGGCUGCGGGUCUAUAACAGUCACAGUGUGCAGCUUCAGGUAGAGGAGGCGGUUAAGCUGCACUCCAUGCAGCUUCGCGAGCCCUUUUCUCGGACGUUCGACGGUUUUGCGGUUUGGACGAGCGCGGAGAAAAGUGGUGGCCGGCUUGCGCCAGCCGCAGCUUUGACGACUCGCGAUGACGAUGACCGUCAAACGGCGGCAGGGAUCUGGUCGCAAGCGGCCCGUGCUACGCUUUGGUCGUGGUUAAUUUCCGCGUCUGCCACGAGGCAAGCAACCAAGUCUUUGCGCUGGUCUGUCGACGACCAUCUUGCUGAGUUAGAAGAAGGCUGCGAUCUCUACCCAUUCUGGCUAUUGCCGGGCGCCAUCGAGCGUCUCGCACAUCCGAUGAGGUUUGGAAGGUCGCUGGGUUUCUGGGCUGGCAGGAAUAUGAUCGUGGGUGCUGAGGAAUCCGCGAUUUUGGCCUUGAUCCCUGCAUCCUUAAGGGCGCUUGGCUUCUCGCAAUCUCAGAUCUGA